GUAGUAGCGUCUGCCUCCUUGUCCUGGGUCUAUGCUGUUGUAGUUUUAUUGGUGCUUAUUCUUCUCAUAUUUGUUGGCAUCGGUGCCUACAAGGCCUGGAAGAAAUAUGGUGAAUCAGAGGAUGGAUUACGUGGAGUUAAAGUAGAUAAAGAACCUUUUGCAGAUAAGGUAGAUGGUCCAUCACCAGAUGGAGAAGAUGUACCACAAGAUGUGUUGACGCUACUAGAGAAAGAAAACAGUUUACCUACAGAGGGAGUAGAUAAAGGUGAUGAUGUACAUAUAACUAUUGCUUCCCCGAUGCCAUCAAGUAGAGAAGAGGAAACACCUGGUCCUCACCCAGGUGAAAUACCAGGUAGUGUGGUAGAUUAUCAUACUGUUGGAGGUAUCAGACAUCCUAGUUCCCCAAAACCUGUUAAAAAUGUCAAAUCGUCUCCAAGAACUCCCAGAGGUGGAAUAGUACCGAAGGGUAGUGUUAGUCCAUUAGGAAAUAAACCAAGUCCUAGGACGCCAAAAGGUACUGCUACUGUUAAACCUCUAAAGGCAAAGAGUCUAUUGGUCAAGUCAGAAGCUCCUGCUACUGCUGAAAUGGCUAGAGGUCGCCGACUACCACCCAUAUCAGAAAACUCAUCAGGAUCAAAAUUAAAAGCAACGAAAUCAGGAAAAUGGAAGCCAGGACAGAAAGCAUCUGUUGCCCCAGUGACCAAGAAGUCUGAAAAUGAUAAAGACCAGUCAUCUCUUCAGAGAAGAAACUCUGCAACUUCUAUUACAUCAAGAGAAAGUGUAGAUUCUUCUACAGGUGCUAGACCAAAAUCAAGAUCGGUUUCAUUUCGUCAAGAUAUCGAAGCUAAGAAAAAGGCCAAGAGAUUAAGAUCCCAGAAUUCCAGAGAUCCGAUGGAGGAUGACGAGCAUUAUUUACCACCAAAUAUUGCACCAAUUAAAAUAACGAGAGUUGAUAUUCCAGCUUUAUCACAUCGAGCAUCAGAAUCCGACAUGAAAAUACAAGAAGUUGAUUCAUCUUCUGCUAAUUACACAAAACAGUUAGUUUGGUCGACAGGUAAAGAUGUAGAUGAUACCAUGUCUGCUGUUAAAAUAAAAAAAGUUUGGCUGGAACCAGAAGAUCCAACAGAAGAAAUAUGGGCCAAAGUUUCCAGUUUAUGGCGUAUUGGACAAACGUGGAUGGAUAGAACUGUCAAUUUAUAACAGUGUGUUUGUCGUGUAAUCUUUUCUAAAAAAAAA